CGUCUUCUUCUGCUACUUCUUCGGCUUAGCUUAACUCUCUCUUUGUUGUUCCUUAAUCACUGACCCACAUAAAAUAUCUAGCUGCCAAGAAGUUCAAGGAGAUAUAUAGAUAGAUGCUCUUUGUGUGGAUCCCACCUGUCUGGGUCUCUUGUUUUUCUUUAAUCUGAGUUUUUUUUUUUUCUCUGUUUGUUGUUUAGCAGAGCUGGAUCCACCCUGAAGAUCUUAGUACUCUUCAAUUCAAAUCCAGUGACUUUCUCAGAUGGGUUCUGCAGAGGAUAAAAUAGACCUUGACUCAGAUGAGGAGAUUGCUUUUAGACCGUCACCAUCUUCAGGAAAAGUCCAGACUUUUGAUUUUGAGACAGCACAUGUACUUUCUCCUGGAAGCUUGGCCAGCUCAUCCUUUAAGCGGAUACAGAUCCGACCCUUCAGGAGCAUAUAUAUUGUCCUAUUUAAAGCAAAGAUCAACAUGUUGCUACCUUUUGGUCCAUUGGCGAUAUUGCUACGUUAUCUAACACAAAAGCAUGGAUGGGUGUUCUUUUUCAGCUUAUUGGGUAUUACUCCCUUGGCAGAACGUUUGGGAUAUGCUACUGAGCAGCUUGCAUUGUAUACUGGACCAACAGUUGGAGGUCUGCUAAAUGCCACAUUUGGCAAUGCCACUGAAAUGAUUAUAUCCAUUUAUGCUUUGAAAAAUGGGAUGAUUAGAGUUGUUCAGCAGUCUCUGUUGGGCUCAAUUUUAUCAAAUAUGCUUCUGGUUCUUGGAUGUGCCUUCUUUACUGGAGGAAUUGUCCACCACCAUAAAGUUCAGCUUUUCAACAAGGCAUCUGCUGUUGUAAAUUCAGGGUUACUCUUGAUGGCUGUGAUGGGAAUAUUGUUUCCUGCUGUGCUUCACUUUACUCACUCUGAGGUUCAUGUUGGAAAAUCAGAGUUAUCACUAUCCAGAUUUAGUAGCUGUAUAAUGCUAGUGGCAUAUGCAAGCUACCUUUUCUUUCAAUUAAGAAAUCAGCAUAGUCUUUAUAGCCCUAUUGAGCAGGAGGAUGGCAAUAGUGAAAAUGAUGAUGAAGAAGAAAUUGAAUUAACUCAAUGGGAAGCAAUAGGCUGGCUUGCUAUUCUGACAGUAUGGGUAUCUGUAUUGUCUGGAUACCUUGUGGAUGCCAUAGAGGGGGCAUCUGAUUCAUUGCAUAUGCCUGUGGCUUUUAUUAGUGUCAUAUUGCUUCCAAUUGUAGGCAAUGCUGCUGAACAUGCAAGUGCCAUCAUGUUUGCCAUGAAGGAUAAGCUUGAUAUCACACUUGGAGUUGCUAUUGGAUCUUCUACACAGAUAUCUAUGUUUGUGAUCCCUUUCUGUGUUGUUAUUGGGUGGUGCAUGGGAAUAGAAAUGGACUUGAAUUUUCAACUCUUUGAGACCGCCACACUUUUUAUCACUGUGCUUGUAGUUGCAUUUAUGUUGCAGGAAGGAACCUCGAACUAUUUUAAAGGCUUGAUGCUUAUUCUUUGCUACCUCAUUGUUGCAGCCAGUUUUUUUGUACAUGUAGACCCUACAGAUGGUAAUAACUGAAUAUUGUGGCUAUGGCAGCCAGCCUUGCUUCUGCACAACUUAGUACCCAGAAAAAGUGGAAAGAAGUGUGCUAGAAGUUGAAGGUGGCUUUUCAGAGAGAUUCCUGAGCUGAACUAGAACCCAGCAUCAUCCUGAUUGACGCACUGAGCUAAAUCAGGACGAAAUUGUAUGUAUAAUAUUGAGGUUUUUAAUCUUCCAUCCGAAGGAAUACUAGUGUAUCUGAUCUCCAUAGUUCAUAUUCAUUCAACAUAAUUUUGUUUUUGAAUAUUUCAUUAGUCUCUUUAUUGAAUCAGAUGGCAUCAGUUGAUAAUAUUUUAAUUGGUAAGUUA